AUGUUCUACAGUCUCUUCCGCCGCCGCUACACCGCGCGCAGCGUACCAGCAACUUCAGGUCGUCAUGCAAGCGGCGAAAGCGGCACCACAGCGGCGCCGGCAGGAGCAAACGAAUUGCGUAACGACAACGCAGGCCCGAGCCCCCUCACCCUGAGGGAGGCAGCGGCAACUACUGCCCCGCCGCACCCGAACGGCAGCGCUGCAUCGCCUGUGGCCCACGGUGGUGAUCGCCGCGUCUUUGAAGGCGAGGAGCGUCUGCUCGGGCACCUGCACGCGGCACGGCAGUACCCGCUGGACCCAGAGAAAGACGCCAAUGCGCUCGUCCUGCUGGCGCAGCAGUACUCCAUCACCUCCGUAGUUAUCACCCACUACCGCGUCAAGGAGAGUUACGUGGAGUACGUUAUCGAGUGCGUGCGCGGUCACGACGCCUGGCGCGUCUAUCGGCGGUAUCAGCAGUUCAAGGCGCUCGACCACGAUCUUAAGCAGACCUGCAGCAGCCGGCACGGGUCAAACCACGGGGCCUACGGUGUCGUGCCGGUACUUCCGGGUAGCCACUGGAUGGAUGUGACGAACCAGAGCCCGGAGCUGGUCGAGCAGCGGCGCCGCUACCUAGAGAUUUAUCUUCAGCAGCUGCUCGUGCCGAGGAAUCUCUUCUACGUGGCUCGCACCCAGCUCUACGACUUUCUGCACGAUGGCGAGGUGCCCACGCAGCUGAAGCUCACUGGCAUUCAGCCGCUUCUGGGGCUGAUCAGCACGCGCACGGACUUUGUGAAUGCCGAAGGCGACGAUGAAGCGAUUCUUCGCGAGCUGCAGGAGACGCAGUCCCGUCAACCGAAGCAGUGUCUCCACGCUGCUGAAAGGGUGGCGACGGUUGUGUCAGGAAUCGCGGCAGAUGCAGCACGCUCGCUUCCCAGGGCGAGCGGCUUUUUCCCUGCGGCCCCAACUGAUUGCGCGAGUCACACAAGAGCCGCCGAGGCCUCAGGUUCUCCGGAUGCCACCGGUAACGGAAAAGUGGAGGCGAGAAGCCCGGAGGCCACUGCCGCCACAACCAGGACAACAUCGUCAAUACCCAGCAGCGCCGUUACCUCCGCCACAAACAGGGAGUUGCCGAAGACACUCACCACAAGAGAGGUAUGCACGGGCACGCAGACAGCCGGCGCGGCAGUCGUGGACGAGGCAGACGAUGACGUGGAGGCAAACGGUGCAGAGGGGCGACCCAACUAUGUGGUCGGCACGAACAAGGUGAGGCUGGCGAAGAAGUCUGCGCAGAGCCUCGUAGGUGGGCCUGCGUUUACGGCGGCGGAUCCCAUGCAGGUGAGCUUCUCGGAUGAGCGGCUGCCCCCAGCGUCGGCGAACUGCGCGCAGUGCAACGCCGAGUUUACCUCCUUCUUGUACCCGCGCCGGUGCUUUUUCUGCCUGGUCCAGUUCUGCUCUGCUUGCCUGCAGCAGCUGACGGUGCUUGAGAGCGCGUUGUCGCCGGGGCGCGCAUUGACGACGACCACGGGUGGCAUUGACCCCGUGCGUGGCCUGGCGGAGGGCACAAAACCGCUCUCUACGCACGCAAAGGCAGCCGGCAGCACGGUUCCCGCCUGCCUUCAGUGUGCGGAGAACUACAGUCGCCGUCUCGACCGCUGUGGCACCGCUCCUGGUGGCGGCGCCUACAGAGGCAUGCAGUCAACGCUCAGUACACCGGCCCAGCAAGGCCUGCCGGUGCCAUCCGGUGGUCACUCGCAGUCGUCCUCUGUGGCGGGCUUAUCGCCCGCCAUGAGUGCGCGCAGCUGCGUUGGAGAGGAGAGCAGUCCGGUGGUAGUGCACCAGCGCGUGGCCAACCCCGCAUCACCCAUCCCGCACCCCGCGCUCUCGUUGCCCGGAAGCGCCUUACCCGGUCGAAGUGGCACCCCGUCACCUGUCGGCUUCCAAGACUUUCAGCUACUCACCGUCAUUGGGCGGGGCACGUUUGGAAACGUGCUCAAGGUCCAGAUGCGCGCAACGCACAAGGUGUACGCCAUGAAGAUCAUGAACAAGGCGACCGUGUACCGGCGGUGCAUGACAUCCUACAUGAAGGAGGAAAAGGCUAUCCUGACAAGCCUACGCCCGAGCCCGUACAUUGUGCGCUGCCACUACGCGUUCCAGACAGAGUACUACCUCAUUUUUGUCCUGGACUACCUCCCUGGCGGCGAGCUGUACGACUACAUCUACCCCACACUCCGCCUUUCUCCCGAGGCGGCGCGCAUCUACGCGGCAGAGCUUGUCCUGGCGCUGGAGUGCUUGCACCGCCAGGAUGUGGUGCACCGCGACUUGAAGCCAGAGAAUGUUGUGCUGACGGCGGAUGGGCACAUCUGCUUGACGGACUUUGGCCUUGCCCGCCGCGCAUUCUCGCGCAGCCGCCGGCGCAGCUUCGUCGGUAGCCCCGAGUACGUGGCGCCGGAGACGAUCCAGGGCCAGGUGCAGACGGCUGCCGUGGAUUGGUGGAGCUUUGGGGUGAUGCUGUACGAAAUGCUGGCUGGCAGAACCCCGUUCCACGCGCGAAACAACAAUAAAGUCUACGACAACGUUCUUCACAAGGAGCUAGCACUGCCCGUGCUGCCUGCCGACGACGGCGCAGGCGCUACUGCGGCUUCGGCGUCGCAGCCGGGGGUAGCCGAGGAGGCGCCAAGGUUCAGAGGCUUUUCCCCGGAGGCGGCGUCGCUGCUGACGGGUCUGCUUGCUCGAGAUCCGUCGAUGCGACUGCAGGACGCGAACGCGAUCAAGCGGCACCCCUUCUUCCACGGCCUCGACUGGGAGAACUUGCGGCGGCGCCGCCUGCCGGCCCCCUGCAUCCCGGGCGACAUGCGUGACAACGACGUACGGCACUUCAAGCGCGAAUUUGUGUCGGAGUGGGCCUCAGUGCCGCCGCUUACCAACAUGACGCGGGCCUCCAUAGAGGCACUCACGAAAUGCUUCGACAACUUCCCGCUGAGCCGCACUGCCGCGCCUGCCGGGUCCGAACUGGUGGAUGACACCAGUGCCAUGCCCACUUCCUCCGCAACCGCCACACCGUUGCUCGCCUCUCACUCACUGCAACAGGUGCACGGAGACAUGCGCACCUCGUCGCUCUCGCUGACACUUCCGCCGCCUGUGCACGCCACUGACAAUCAGAGGCUUCGUGAGCCGGUGCGCUUCUUUCAUUCAAUGGCCGAGGCGCAGCGGAGCUUCCACGGCACGUGGCGCGUCGUCUCUAUCGAGGUGCACGCUGUGGAUGACGGCCGGGUCAUCUUCCCGUGGGGUGGCGAUGUGUCAGGGGUUCUCGUAUACACUACUGGUGGCCGCUUCAGUCUGCAGCUGACGUCGGGUGCUCGGCGUCCCGUUGGGCCGGUGCAGCGUGUGACGCAGCUGCCGAAGGAGGACUUGUGCGACACGUACUGCUCCUACGUGGCAAGCUUUGGCCGCUUCCACCUCUUCCCAUCCUCGAUGGAUGACGGCUGUGGCAUCGUGCGGCACUUCUCGGAGGGCAACCUGUGCCCGAACUUGAUGCUCGCCAACACUGUUUUCCAGUACCGCAUGCAUACCGAGCCACUGGAUCCGUUGGCCACCGAGGGAGAGCCAGAGAGCAAGGGAAGCGAGAAGAACGCCGGCACCGCCUCGUCCGGCGCCGCGGUGCCCUCGGGUCGCAGGGCGAGCACGGCAGAUGCGGAGGGCGACAGCGGUGGCGGCGCCACCGGUAACCGCCGACACGUCAGCGAAGCCGGGUCUCUCGGUGGCUUAGAGGACGAGGAGGGUGAGGCGAGGAGGAGCAGUGACAAGGCUGCCAUCGUUGGGGACGCCGGCCACCGACAUGACAGAGACGCUGCGGCUGCCACAACGCAGUCGCCACGCUCGCCGCCGUCUCUGGAGCGCCGCGUCGUGCUACGUCUCUCGACCCGGCCACAGCGCGCACUGGAGCAGGACUUUCUCGCCUUCACUUCUCUUGCGUUUGAGAAGGUGUCGUAG